CCUAAAUUAAGAAUGGCGGAAGAACAUUUUUCAAAUAAUCUAUAGUAUUGAUUCAUGUAGUGUUAAUCCAUGGAUAAAAUGUUAGGAUUAUGGUAAGAAGAUCAAAAGAUGACGACCCUCUGUGUUGCUGUGAGUUUGUGAACCAAUCAGGAGAGAGGAGACACAUACUACAGUGUUGCUGCGACUGUGAGGCUGUAGAUUCUGCAUGUGAUAGGUUAUUGAAGUGUGAAAAACUCCCAAUACAUGCUAUAGACAGUGUAUUGGACACAAUGUUUGACAGAUGUCGUCUACCAUGGAUCGGGGGAGCUAUACAGGUGAACCUCGAUGUCUUUCUACCAGUCGCGGUUGUCCCUUUCAGUCUAAUUAUAGCCUGCAUACAUGCCUAUGUAGCAGUCUUGGUGCUAACCCUUAUGCCACUAUCCAUGUAUUUAUUCUAUAGGACAUGGCAAAAAAGGACAAAUCGCAAGAGGACUCAAUUUUUCUUUUCCUGGGCAGUUACCUCAAUGGUAUUUUCAUUCCAUGUGUUUGAGAUCAUGGCACUAGGUCUGAGGAAAAUCCUAUUGUGGGAGAAUCUGUUAGUAGUCACUCUGACUGCGGCACUUGCUUAUAUGGUGUAUCUAACAAAGCAAAAUCCAGGCUUCCUAGCCAUAGUUCCCCACCCUAAGCAUGCCCAGCUGAAUGGCCAAGCUGGUCCAACACGAACUGUAACUCAAGAACAUAAACAUAAACACAAACAUAGUGAUCUAGGAGAUUAUGAAAGUUCAACCAAAAGUGAGCAACAGACCCAACAAAAUCAAUCAUACUCUCCAUCAAAUACACAAGGGGAAAUCCCACACCAGAGAAACAAGGACCAUAAAGUUAACAUAGCAUCGGAUAUUACCCAGCAUCCUGUUGGGGAUAUGUUAAUGAAUAAUUUCGGGUUCCAUGAAGAGGAAUUACGAGAGAAGCAGCUUGAGAUGAAGGGGGAAAUUAUCUACCAGGAGAAGUGUACAUGGGUUGAUGCAAGGCCUUUCAGAGAUGGGAAGCUGGUGACAUUUUGUAACACAUGUAAUGUGAAGAAGACUCCCAGAUCCGGGCAUUGUACAGUUUGUAAUGUGUGUGUCCAGGGACGGGACCAUCAUUGUGUAUGGAUAGACACCUGUAUCGGUGUGAAUAAUCACCGUGCAUUCCUGUUGGCCAUGUUCCUGUUUAUCAUAACAGGUAUAUAUGGUGCCCAUCUGUCUCUGACCAGUGUGUGCACACCUGAGAUGUACCUGGAUUGGUUCCUCUGGCCCAAUGACUGCAGAUUUGUAUACUCUGAUAACAUCAAUGCUAUUGUGUUUGUAACUGCAAUGUACAGCAUCAUUGCCUGCAGCAUUAUGUGCUUCUCUUUAUUCCAUCAGUUUAUACUCAUCAGCCAGAACCUAACAGGUCAGGAACAACAUAUGGCAGCAUACAGAGGUUUGACGACGUGCGGGUUGUUUGCCUCAAACAAUGUUAAUAAUCACAGCUUUUACCGCAACUGGCGAGAUUUCUUACAAAAUAGGCGGAAUCAAGCCUAUGGACCUGGUGUUUUAUAGCCCUGGGUUUUAACAGUUAUCCAAUAAAUCACCAUUGUUAUACAAGAUAAACAAACUGAUAAGUACAUGGCUAGUCAGGCCAGACCAGAAAGUGUAUAAAUGUUAGGGAUGUCACGGGACAAAAAUAUUUCGGGACGGGACGGGAAUUAUCCAUUUCGGGAGGGGACAUUCGGGAUGGUACGGGACAUAACCAAUAAAAUAGUCAAUAAGUUUAAAACAGUUCAACAACUUACAUUUUUCAUCUACUUCCAGUUAUGCUUAUGCAGCAUAAAUCUUUUGAGCGUCAUAAGAGGGCUGCGCAUGUUGCGCAAAAACUUGUAAUCUGGGAAACUGUGACAUCCCUAAAAU